AUGGGCACUUGUAUAGAUGGCAAGUGGAUAAAGAGCAAGGAAGAGACACCUGUCCGAGGACUAGCAUGGACAAAGGCCCUGGCACAGAAGGGAGCACAGUGGCAGUGGUCGACUGAAGCAUCCAUGUUCCUGGAAGUUGUCCAUUUCCGGCCUAUGUGGUACAAAGUCUGGGAAGAAUCACUUCUGGUCCUCAUGUUUAAAAGCCUGGCAGAUGUGUUCAAAGGUCCCCCGGGGCCUGUAACCACGUCAUUGCUAAGGACUCUAAAGGACACUGAGAUGGAAAUGCCAGGAAACCCAGCUACAGACCUUGGGCAGACCCUGGAGUGGCUGAGGGAAGAGCUGGCCGAGAUGCAGAUCCAGGACCAGCAGCUGCUGCUCGAACUGAGGCAUCUACACAGCAUCCUGGAGGAGCUUCAAUCUGAAAGCACCCACUGGGAGAACACAAGGCCCAGCAGAAGCACAUCGCCUUUCCGAGGGAGGCUGGGAUCAGAGGGCAGGGCCUGCCAGCCUAUGCCAAGGCAACUGACCCAGCUGCUCCAAGGGGAAAAGAGCAGGCGAAGCUCCCUUCCUUAA